CAUUUUAUUUGCAAGGAUUCUAUUUUCUGUUUAUUUAUACCAUUCUUUCAUAUGGACAUUAACCACCUAAGAGUGCAAAGCAAACAAGAGCAGAGUUAGAAGCUACUUCGAAUUAGGUAAAAUAUAAUUUGACAUGGGAAAUAAUCCCAACGGUCCUAGUCUCUUCAACGAUUACACAGAUUAUCCAUGUCGAGUACAACUAGGUAGAUAUGCAUUCAUCGAUGUGACAUAUACAGAGAACAAACGUGAUUGCAGUGAUAGUGAUGAUGAAGUUCCCAGUGAUAAUGAUGAAGUUCCCGGUGAUAGUGAUGAUGAAGUUCCCAGUGAUAGUGAUGAUGAUGAAGUUCCCAGUGAUAGUGAUGAUGAAGUUUCCAGUGAUGAUGAUGAAGUUCCCAGUGAUAGUGAUGAUGAAGUUUCCAGUGAUGAUGAUGAAGUUCCCAGUGAUGAUGAUGAUGAUGAACUUCCUAGUGAUAGUGAUGAUGAAGUUACCAAAGUGACCAAGAUGUUAUACACCGUAGAUAGGUCGUCAACAUGUGAACUCAAAUUUGAGAGAAGUGAUAAAGAGGCAUCAUUAUCUCUCCAUGAUGCAGACAACGGUUCCGAUUUCACUAUUGUUUCUUUGGAAAUUAUAAUUAAAAAAAUUGAUAAGGGGUAUCUUGAGAUACCUGUUCCUGAAAUCGCCUCUAUUGCAAAUAGCGGAGAGGUAUACAUUUUCAGUUGGGGUGUUAAUUCUAACAGAACCAUCAAUGCAUGGGGAGAAGUAAAAGAAUAUACAAAUGUUCUCUAUGGUAAGGGAAGGAGGGGAAGUCUUGUUGUUAUAGAGUCUAAGAAAAAGAGUAUAACUGAUCCAAAUCCCUAUAUGGUCACUGUGUUUCACUAUUUAGCUGUUGAUGACGGAAAUGUUUUCAAUCCAAAAAUGGAUAUUGGCUUUUCUGUGGUUGUAAAGAUUCAAGCAUCAGAUGAUUUGGGAUUGAAAUAUACUGUAGAGGGUCCAGAGAGACACCCUAGUUCAUCAUUAUUUUACAUGUUUGAACGAGUAAAAAGACUUAAUGGGGCAUGGAAGCCUAAUUUGUGUCCUCAUUGUGCAAAUCUUCAGAUGCGGCGUAAAUCCUGGCAGACGUCUGAAAGUGAAGACAGCGAUUAUGUUCCACGACGACAUGGUAGGGGUAAGCAGAAGUCAGAAAGUAUGGUUGCCAAUGAUUCUAACGUUAAGGGAAAUUAUAAUGGUAGUUUGUUUGGGAAGUAUUUCCAUUUUCAUCAAAGGUGAAAUAUGUAAUGGAAUCCUUUAAUAUGAAAAGAAAGAAAAUAAUAUUAAUAGUAAAAUAAAGUGGUUAAGGCAAGGUUAGCCACAGAUUAAGAUGGGUACCAUACCCUAACUCAUGUGUAGUCAAUAAUAAUAAGUCAUAUUUGUAACUAAGUGAGUUGUUAAUUAGAGAGCAUUUUAAAAUAUUGGUAUGUAAAUUUGUGUGCUGCACACACCCUGUUGAAUGUAAAGAGGGAGGGCUAGCUAUCCAGAUGUAAUAUUUGACACUUACGAUUUGAUCAUACCUCUAAUACCAAAUUACUUGAAAUAAAUAAAAGUUUCCUUUUUGUCAAA